GCCGCUGGACCAAUGCUGCGCCCCUUCCGGUUUCGUUGCUGGCAGCCCAGCCCAUCUGUCCCAGGGCCGGAAGUGAGGUCUUCGUGUUCGUCCCUUCCCCAAGAUGGCAACAGCCGGAGACGAGUUACUGCCGCCGCGGCUCCCCGAGCUGUUCGAAACCAGCAAGCAGCUUCUGGACGAAGUGGAAGUCGCGACUGAACCCACCGGCUCCCGGAUUAUCCAGGAUAAGGUGUUCAAGGGACUGGACCUCCUGAAGAAGGCUGCCGAAAUGUUACUGGAGCUCGACUUGUUCAGCCGAAAUGAAGAUUUGGAAGAGAUUGCUUCCACCGAUCUGAAGUACCUGAUGGUGCCAGCAUUUCAAGGAGCAUUCGCCAUGAAACAAGUCAACCCCAGCAAGCGUCUAGAUCAUUUGCAGUGGGCUCGAGAACACUUUUUAAACUACUUAACUCAGUGCCGAUACUAUCAUGUGGCAGAGUUUGAGCUGCCCAAAACCAAGGCCAACUCUGCUGAAAAUAACACUGCUGAUUCCUCCAUGGCCUAUCCUAGCCUCGUUGCUAUGGCAUCUCAGAGACAGGCUAAAAUAGAGAGAUACAAGCAGAAGAAGGAGGUGGAGCAUAGGUUGUCUGCCCUGAAAUCUGCUGUGGAAAGUGGCCAAGCAGAUGAUGAGUGUGUUCGUGAAUAUUACCUCCUCCACCUUCGAAGGUGGAUUGGUAUCAGCUUAGAAGAGAUUGAGAGCAUUGACCAGGAGAUAAAGAUCUUGAGAGGAAAAGACUCUUCGAAAGAGGCAUCAACUUCUCACUCAUCUCGUCAGGACAGGCCUCCAAUGAAACCGUUUGUUCUCACUCGGAACAUGGCCCAAGCCAAAGUAUUUGGAGCUGGUUAUCCAAGUCUGGCAUCUAUGACAGUGAAUGACUGGUAUGAACAGCAUCGGAAAUUUGGAGCAUUACCUGAUCAGGGUAUAGCCAAGAAAACAUCAGCUUUUCACCCAUGGGCAGGCUGCACUUGCUGUAAUAUGGAGGUGGGUAGAACUUGGAUAGAAACCAGCCUUAUCGGAUGAGGAAGGAGAGAACUGAGUUCAGGGUGACUGUGGCAACUGAAACCUGAGAAGAUAUCCCAGGAGAGAACCACAGAGGAGGAGCCCUAAUUGUAUAAAGCCUGCCCAAAUCUCUGGCAGACUACUAAGCUAUACAGGAUCGACUCCAAGCACCCUCGAUAGAGCUAAAAUAACUGAAUGGAUAAUCCAGCUACUGCCCAAUGCAGAGGAAACAGAAAUUUGAAUUUUCGUUCUAGACAAAUGAAAACUAACUAAAAUGAAAAAUCAGUACGUUUUAGAGGAACAAAACGGAAUUCAUAAUCUCUACAACAUAACCAUUCAAAAAGUCUGGGAUUCAGUCCUCAACUACUAUACGUAUGGGAAAAAAAAAGAAAGAAAAUGUGACUUAUACUCAAGAGGAAAAGCAAUCAAUGAAGACCAACCGGAAGAUGGCUCAGAUGUUGAAAUUAGCAGAUAAGGACUUUAAAGCAGCUUAUUUCUAUGCUCAAGGGCAUAGGGGAAAAUAUACUUGUAAUGAAUGAAAAAGUAAGAAAUCUCAGAGAAGAAGAAACUAUGCACAAAAAAUUCUGGAACUGAAAAAUACAAUAUCUGAAGUUUAAAAAUCAAACCAGCCUCAUAGAUACAGACAAAAAAACGGGUGGUUGCCACAGGAGAGGGAGGUGGGAGAGGGGAAAUAGGUGAAGGGGAUUAAGAGCUAUAAACCUCUAGUUACAAAACAAAUAAAGCCACGGGGGUGUAAUAUACAGCAUAAGAAAUGUGGUCAAUAAUAUUGUGAUAACUUUGUGUAGGGACAGAUGGUUACCAGAUUUAUGAUGGUGAUCAUUUCAUAAUGUAUGCAAAUGUCAAACCACUGUAAUGCACCUGAAACUAACAUAAUAUUGUACAUCAACUGUAUUUCAAUUUUUUUUAAUUGGAUGAGAUUAAUAGCAGAUUGGCAAUGACAGGAGAAAGGGUUGGUUUACUUGAAAUAAGCCAAUCUGAAGAAAAAAAAAAAAGAUUGGUUAAACAUGAAGAGCCUCAGUGACCUGUGGAACGAUGUAAAAAGGUCUACCUUACGUACAAUUGGAAUACCAGUAGGAGAGAAUAAAGAGAGAGAAGGGGCCAUUAAAAAAAAUUGAAGAAAUAAUGGCUGAAAUGUUCCCCAAAUCUGUGAAACACAAAUUUAGAAAUUUAGAAAUAGCAGUAAGCCCUAACUAAGCAGGUUUUAAAUACAGUGAAAACCAAGCAUAGAGACAUCAUAGUCAAACUGCCGAAAACAAAAGAAAAAGAGAAUCUUAAAAGCAGCCAGAGAUAAAGUACAUAUUACACGCAGAAGAACAGUGAUAUGAAUUGUUGUCACCUUCGCAUUUGAAAGUGGGUCCCAGAGAUAGUGAAGUAAUGCCUCAAUUAAACACCCCAAUUUUAUUUAUUUAUUUAUUUAUUUGGUUGUUGUGUUGGGUCUUCGUUGCCGCGCACGGGCUUUCUCUCGUUGCGUUGAGUGAGGGCUGCUCUUUGUCGUGGUGCGUGGGCUUCUCAUUGCGGUGGCUUCUCUUGUUGCGGAGCACAGGCUCCAGGCACUUGGGCUUCAGUAGUUGUGGCACGCG